AUGGAGGAGCUCCGGGAGGCCAUCCGCGCCACUGGGGGCUUGUUCAGCACGGCCAAGGCCGCCCGCAUUUUCAAGUCCGUCGACACGAAAUCCAAAGGAUUCAUCGACGACUCCCAAAUUCCCAUGCUUCAAUUGACCAAACUCCGGGGGGAGUUUAAGACAUGGUUGGCGGAGUACGACAAAGAUGGAGACGGUAAGAUAAGCGCGGAGGAGCUCCGGGGAGCCAUUCGUGCCAGAGGCAGUUGGUUCAGCAAAACCAAGACGAACCGGGUUUUGGGUGCGGUUGACAAGAAUUCAAAUGGACUUAUCGAUGAGCAUGAGAUCCACAUGCUUAUGAUUUUUGCAGCCAAACAACUAGGUUUUAAGAUCGUCUCUCGUAAUUAG